AUGGAAAUGACUAUGCCCGUUCGUACCCUGAUUGGAGCACUUGCUUGUCAGAAAGAUUCGUACUUGAAGCAGCUAACAACUGUCGUUGUGUCUUGUUCACCGUUAAAGGAGGAAGCACCAAAAAAGGCAGGCAAGAAGUUGUCAGUCACUGAUAGUAAAGAAAAAAGGUCUCUUUAUGAGAUAGAGUUGGAAGAUACUAUACUAUUUCCCGAAGGCGGAGGACAACCCAGUGAUUUAGGGCUUAUAAAGGUUGAGGAUACCAAAGUUCGAGUUUUGGAUGUUCAAAGAAAAGGUUUGUAUGCAGUCCAUAUUACUGAAGAGCCAAUUGAAAGUGGAACAUCUGUAUCUCUCGAAGUUGAUUGGAAGAGAAGACUAGACCACAUGCAACAGCAUACCGGACAACAUCUACUAUCAGCAAUCUUAGAUAAGUAUGAUUUACCGACUUUAUCAUGGAACAUGGGUGAAAUGGUCAAUUAUAUCGAGGUCCCUCGCAAAAUCACACCAGAGGAAAUCGUGGAGGUCACCGAGAAGGUAAACCACGAGAUAUUUAACAAUACUCCUAUCAACGUCGACACUCCAAAGAGUGAGAGUGAAGGAGUUAAUUCUGAGAAGGGGGUGAUGCGGGUAGUGAAGAUUGGAGAUAUCGAUAACAAUCCAUGUUGUGGUACCCAUUUGGCCCAAGUUGGACAAGUAAAAAUGGUUGUUAUACUCGGACAAAUGAAUGGGAAAAAUGGAACUUCCAAGCUCAACUUCUUAUGUGGUGACAGGGUUUACAAAUACACGUCUCAGCUGUACGACAUCAAUAAGAGAUUGAUGAACAUCUUCAGUAGUAACAUGGAAGAAUUGCCAGAGAAGGCGGAAAUGGUCAUCAAGGAGGGGAAGAAAAGCCGUGCUAGAGAACGGAAUCUAAGUAAAGAGAUUGCCAUCCAAUUUGCGAAUAGAAUCAUUGAGGCAUUUCAAGAUAAGCAAUCUCCGAAAUCUGUUCACUACGUCUAUAGAGAGGAGGGAGACUUGGAAUUUAUAAAUAAGAUAAACGCCGAGUUGAAAAUCAUCCUAUCUGAACAUCCAGAUAAGUCGAUCGUACUUAUCUCCGGAGACGGGGCUAUUAUUGUCGUUGGACCUGCCAUGGACUCUAUCGUGCAAGAACUGAGAAAAAGGCUACCUACGCUUCGUGGAGGAGGGAAGAACGGUCGUUUCCAGGGUAAGGUUGCGUCAUACAAAGAACACGAAAUGCAAGCUGUAAUUGAAUAUCUGAAAGAGCUCUAG